UUGAAUACGGAGGUUGGAGAAUUUAAGAAGUGAGUUGGGGAAACAAGAAACAAAGCUCUCUGCUUCUCAAAGUCUAUUGCCCUUCGCUACACUUGUUUGGGAAGUAAUUUUUCCCAAUCCUAAUUCGUAAACCCUAACGGCCAAAGCAGUAGUUGGAAGCUGUAAAAUCGAUUGCAGACAAGUUUGAUUUGAAGUAAAAGAGGUGAAAUUGGAGUUUUAGGAAAGGAAAAAAUAAAAAUAAAAAUGGCGUAUGGUGGUGGUGGUGGUGCAGGUUCUGUGGGUGGUUCGAGUUUGGCAUCAGCAAUGAAGUUGGUGAAAUUGGAGAGAGAAAGCGAGCUGAGAAUAGAAGUGGGUAACGACGCACCUCUUCGCCUUCGACUCCUUAACGGCACCGCCGAGAUUUUUGGCACUGAGCUUCCACCUCAAAUCUGGCUCAAUUUUCCUCCCAGGCUCAAGUUUGCUGUCUUUACUUGGUAUGGUGCAACAAUUGAAAUGGAUGGUGCUACUGAAACUGAUUAUACUGCAGAUGAGACACCAAUGGUUAGUUAUGUAAAUGUUCAUGCUGUACUAGAAGGAAGAAGAAGUCGCGCUAAAGCUUCGCCAUCGGAUGAUUCUGAAUCUUCUCAGGGCCCUAGGGUGAUUGUUGUAGGACCUACAGAUUCUGGAAAGAGUACCUUGUCAAGGAUGCUUCUUAGUUGGGCAGCUAAACAAGGUUGGAAGCCUACCUUUGUUGACUUGGAUAUUGGCCAAGGAUCUAUAACAAUUCCUGGAUGCAUUGCUGCAACUCCAAUUGAAAUGCCCAUCGAUUCUGUGGAAGGAAUCCCUCUUGAAAUGCCUCUUGUUUACUUUUAUGGGCACACAACUCCAAGUAAUAAUAUAGAAUUGUAUAAAGUACUUGUCAAGGAGCUUGCGGGGAUGCUGGAAAGGCAAUUUGCUGGAAAUGCUGAAUCUCGAGCUGCAGGCAUGGUGAUAAAUACUAUGGGAUGGAUAGAGGGAGUUGGCUAUGAUUUGCUCUUGCAUUCAAUUCGUACGCUUAAGGCCAACGUUGUCUUGGUUUUGGGUCAGGAAAAACUUUGCAGCAUGCUCAAAGAAGUGCUUAAGAGUGAACCCAAAGUAGAUGUUGUGAAACUUCAGAGAUCAGGUGGAGUUGUAUCUAGGAAUGCAAAAGUCCGUCAGAAGGCCAGAGGUUUUAGGAUAAGGGAAUACUUCUAUGGCCUCACAAAUGAUCUUUCUCCGCAUUCUAAUAUUGCAAAUUUUAAUGACUUGUUUGUUUAUCGAGUUGGUGGUGGGCCACAGGCCCCACGUUCAGCCUUGCCAAUUGGAGCCGAACCUGCUGCAGAUCCAACAAGAGUUGUACCUGUGAAUAUGAAUCGUGAUUUGCUUCACUUAGUUCUUGCUGUCUCUUUUGCCAAGGAACCUGAUGAGAUCAUUUCAAGCAAUGUUGCUGGCUUUAUCUAUGUAACAGACAUUGACAUUCAGAGAAAGAAGAUAACAUACCUUGCACCAUCUGCUGGAGAACUUCCAAGCAAGUAUUUGAUAAUGGGAUCCUUAACAUGGCUUGAAACAUGAGGAAAUGAACAGUAUUGUAAUAGAAAAUCUCUUGGUAAUUUUUUUAUUUUGGUUCUGUAAUCUUAUGUCAUGAUCAAUGUAAAUACUAAAUGUAAUUGAUGACCCUGUUGUGAGGGGUUGUUUGUCCUAGUGGGAGGCUGACCUUGCCCUUUGUCCUGGAAUAUCCAUUUAUAAUCCUUAUUUUGCCCGUUAAAUAGCAAGUUCCU